AUGGCAGAACCUCUCUCGGUUGCCGGUAGCAUUGCUGGGCUUGUUGCGAUAGCAGGCACUGUAUACACUCGAACAUACCGUUAUAUCAAAACUGUCAAGAAUUCCGAAAAGGAGAUAGCCCAGCUGGCAUCCGAGAUAAUAUAUUUGUGUGGGCUGUUGCACAGACUUUCCUUGUAUACAGAUGUACUUCAAGGAGAUACGACAUCAGAAACCAAUUUUCGACUUCAUCAUAUCAAUGCCUGCAGGGAAAUCCUGGCGAAACUCGAAAAGAAACUCGAAACUACCGAUCCAGCGGCCCCGGGUCACAGCCGGGAAGAAAGGCUGAUAAAAAGACUCAAAUGGCCGUUUUCUAUGGCCGAAACAAGAGAUUUGAUUGUCGAGGUCGAACGACACAAAUCAACGUUCAAUAUUGCAUUGUCUGCCAAUAAUUUAUCCGCGGUAUUCCAAGCUUCAUCGCGUCAGAACAAAAUAGCUGAAGAUCUUAGUAAAUUGAAAACUCAGCUGAAGUCAAGAUGGGCCACGGAAACACAUAUAUCCCUCCGGAAAGAGCGAAAAGAAAUCCUGGAAUACUUUGGCAAGGUUGAAUCAACUCUGAAUCAUCAGGCAAACUUAAAACUCCGCCAUCCCUUGACAGGUUUGUGGGUAACUGAGGGAGAAAUAUUUCGGAGUUGGCUUCGAAUUCGCAACUCAAAAUUAUGGCUCUCAGGGGUUGCAGGUGGUGGGAAAACCGUUCUUGCGGCCUCGUUGAUUGAAGAGACUAUGGAUGAUAGCAGCUGUAAUCAAGCUGUCGCCUACUUCUAUUGCGACUACAGAGACCUAGAAAAGCAAACACCUAUAAACAUCUUGGCUCUUUAG